CUUUGCAAUUUUUAAAAGCCGACCCUACUCCACGCUCUUUUGGCUUUUAUGCGGUAAUAAGAUAUAUAUGUCGCACGCGGCAUGCGGCCUGUGUUAGUUUUUUAAACGCAAUUAUUUUUACAGACAAAUCUUUGUUAGCUUGUACAAAAUUUCUGUCAAGUUUUCAAGUGCAUACUAACAAUACAACCUUAACUUAACUUCUUUCGGCGGGAAAAAUAUUCAGAUUACCGUCUGGUAUCGCAAUUUGCUCUUUUUUAAAGUAGUGAACGGUAGAACAUAUGUGUUAUCAAAGUAUCAGUGCAUUAUAAAUGUGUCACGACGAUGAAGGAAUUGGAAGAGACGAAUUGCGAGGUACGGAGUGUUGUGAAUUUCGACUUGCCACAAUGGGAAUCGUCGGAUGGUCCGGAAUCUCGCGACGAAGAUGUUGCUUUGUCGCAAACAGCAGGGACUGGAAUCACUGAUAGUUCCAAGGAAGCUGAAAAUCUAACUGGCGGCUUUCUUGGCAAUGAUUGCAAGCACUCUUGGAUGACUCGAGAUCGACAUCUAAUAGUUCUUGACAAUCGCACAGGCAAAUGCAUUUGCUCUUGGGUUUUUCAAUAUAAAGUUACCACUGUCUCAGCCUUUCCAACUAGAGAUGGUCAAGUACCAGUGUUGCUUAUUGGUUUGGAUAACAAUGCUGUCAAAAUUAAAGAUUCUGUUGGAUAUCUAUGUAUUUUUGACUGCUGCUCUUCAAAUGUUCUUACUACUAUUGAAGUUCCAGCUGGCGUUGAAAAGGCAUGUGUUAUUCAUGGAGGUAUGGCUUGGGAAGAUUACAAUGAAAGAAGACCAAAUACAGUAUUGUCUGAUAAUUCUGGGCUUAUCUUCACUGCCCUUAGAAAUUUACAGCAUAUUAUUAUUGAUGUCAACCGUGUAUUGUGGAAGGACUUUUUCCUUGAAGGAAAAACAAUUACUGCUAGAUUGGAUUUUGUAAACACUACCCACAAUACUGCUAAAAAAGCUAGAAAAGAAUAUACUCACUUAGCUUAUGACUUGAUGGAAAAAGAAAUUGAACAAUUCAUGGGAUUUGAUAGAAAAGAUUUUGAAUCUACUCCUUUGUACGAUGAAAAUUUAUGUUCAGUUUUAAUCAGUUCAGAAAAAACUGGAUGCUUAAUAACUGGUUGUCUUGGUCGAGUUAUCAUUUGGCAAAGUGAUGGUUCUAUAGGUUGGAUUAGUCCUCUUUUUGAUGAAAAUGCAUAUGUCACUCAUAUUGCUUUAAUCGAACCAUCUGAUGAUCCUAGACCUUUUUAUUACUUGUGGAUUGCAUGCCAGAAUGAUUCACCAGAUUCAUCUGCUGUUCUUCGCAUGUAUGCUAUGCUUUUUUCCAAAAAGCAAAUAUCUUCCUCGUCGUCGUCAUACUACUAUGACCUAGAAUCAGAUCCCAGUUUAAAAUUUGAACUGGAACUUGAUAUAGGUGAACGUAUUCAUACUCUUCAGCCUAUAGAAAGAGAAUGCCUUCGUGAUACAUCAGAUAUCUCAUCUAUACGUGGUGAAGAUUCAUUGUUACUCAUUGGUACCGAUGAUCGUGUUCUGAUUUUUGAUUUGAAUCGUUGGUAUAAAGAGCAAAUGCCAAGAACCAUAACUGAGUGUCGAAAUCCCAAUAGUGUUAUGGCUAGCUACAGAACAAAGACUGAUGAUAUGGAGAGAAAAAAUGUCUUUAAUUGUGCGUUUGUGCCUAGAUCACUUAAAGAAUUUAUCAGUAGGGGUCCAACAUCAAUGGAAGAACUAUUUUAUCCUAAUUCACUAAUGUUGGAGUGGGCAGAAAUGAGUAAUGAUGGUGUUACUGGUUGGUUGGCUAGAGGUGUCCAGACUGAACUGUUAAGAGAUAUUACAAUCGCUGGCCCGAUUGUAUUAGUGAAACCAUCUGAAACUUACCAUCGCUGUUUGAGUGCUGGUUUGAUUCCUUUUGAUUCAACUCUUCAAGAUCAUCCUUAUCGAGCUGAAGCAGCUCAUCAACGCGAAAUGUUAUUGUCUUUGUGUCUUGAACAACGUAGGACAAACUUUUUAAGUAAUUGCGGUCGCGAAUGGUCGGAUGGUAGUGCAUCUUAUCUUUACCCCGAAUUUUUGCGUUGGGGCGUACAACGUGCUUCAGAGAUAAAAAUGCUCGCCGACCAUUUAUGUAUACCACUUUUUGAUCAUUCUGGAACAACUAUUGGUGAAGCUGAAGCAAAAACAUUAAGAUUCUGUGAACAACAGUUAGAGUGCUUAACAAAUGUUAUAGGAAGCUUACCUCGUAUUGAAAAAGAUUUGGAAAAGCAGAGAAGAGCUUUAAAAAGAAUUGCAACUUAUCUUCAGGUGCUGAUGUGGUUUUAUGAUGUUAAUCUCUUGCCUGAAACUCAGUAUGUAGAUGAAGAAGAAGAAGAAGAAGGAGAAAUAGCACCAACAAAUCUAAAUAUCCCGUAUCCAAAGCAAAAACUUGUUGAAUGGUACAAAAAGAAAAGAAGUUCUUAUUCCAGUGGAGACAAGAAAGACGAAGAUUGUUUGUUUAUUGAUCAUUUGAUAUCUCAUGAAUGUUUGCCAUUAAGAUUGCAGUGGGAACGCGAGAGUAUUGAGGAAUCUCCAAAUGCUGGUAGUGGAUAUUAUCCUCCACCAUCACUCCAAUCAUUGUUGAGAAUUUUCUUGACCGAUUGCCAUCGUGAAGACCCCGCUUCAAUUACAGUUACAUCUGAAGAUCAUGAACAAGGCGAGCAAGAAGAUGAAAUGAUAAUUGAAGGAGAUUCAGCAGAAAUUGAUAGUAAACAUAGUGUUACAAUAUAUUUACUUAUGGAUUUAGCAAUGCUUCUUCAAGGCACAUACCCUAGUAUCGACCGAUUAAUUAAAUAUCCUUCAGCAUUUAAAUUGAGCCCAAGUUUGAUUAAAUUAACCCAAGCAUUUUGGUUGUUAGAUCAUGAUGAUUUUGAAGGAUUUUUUAAAAUUGUUACCGGCCAAUUAAUAAGUACUACCGAUUUGAAAGAGUGGCAUCAUAAACUGGCUGUUAAAACACUUUUAAAAAAUGACCAACACAAAUUAGCUCUUGUAUAUCUACGCAUUUUAAAGCCACCUUUAUCGUCAUUAGAAGAUCAAGGUACUUUAAUUAGUCUUACAGUUGGUCAAGGAUUAGUAGAAUCAGCGUUUCACUCUCGACCACCGUCUCACUAUGCACAACUGCUAACUUGUUUCUUUCAAAGCUGUCAAAUGAAUGGCAAACUGAAGGAAGUUCUCCAGCUUGCUCUUGAUAGCGAAGAAGAGGAAGCUUUUAUCAAGUUUCUUAAAAAAACGGGGAACGAAGAUGCUAGAUUGUUUUAUUAUUUGCAGAGAGGAAGGCAUACCGAAGCUAGUGAUAUUUAUGGUCCAAACGCUAAAUACACUACUAACAAACCUAUCAUUCAUCCUCUUUCAAUGAAAAUGCUUGGGGCUUUUAAUGCAACUCUACCAACAACAACGCGUCAAUUUGCAAGCACUUUGACGAGAAUUAAUGUUAACCCACCAAAGAUCUUACUAGAUUUGAACAAUCGCAGUUAUCCACGCCCGAUGUCUCAAUGUCGAGACAAAACCCGGGAGAUUCACGAAAUUGCUUUCACUAAAACUCGUGAAACAUGCUUGAAAAGUGAGAAAUUAAUUCACGGUUCUGGGCAUAUACCAUUUUUAAAUGCACCUGCAUCAACAGUUGUCUUUUGUUCAAGAACUGCUGUUAAUCAAAAUGACAUGAGCAUUUCUAAUAAAAUAUGUUUUGCAAGUAAAAAAGGCAAAGGUAAACGAACGUUGCACAUGUUAGAAGACGAAGAAAUUUUAGAAUCGGGUGUCUCGGAAAGAAAAAAGCAGAAACUAAGCGGUAAAGGUAAACCAACCUACGACCGAUCGCGUCGCCUAAGUAUGAGUCAAGUCUGUGAUACACCUUUGGUACAACGUAAAUUAGCUCAAGAUGUAUGUAAGACUGGUAGUCUAGCUACUGAAACACCUCAAUCUAUUCUGAAAAUUCGUCAAAUGCUGAGAAACUCGAAUUCUCCUGCUUUUGGAAGUUGGAAUGGUUCGGGAGAACGUUCUAUGCGCAAAACACCAGUUUCUAACAUUCGGUCUGCCAGGCAAAUUCGCUUCAGUAUAGAUAGGACGCACAAUGGAAAUGAUUCUUCACUUAUGGACGUCGAAGACAAUGGUGUUACGGAUUAUAAUGAAGAUAAUAUGGGCCAACGACCAACCAGUGUCGCUAAUGACUCCAAGAACACGGAAGCAUCUGGAGCGAAUGAAAGUUAUCACAGUUUGUGUGAAGGCAGUGCAAUUUUAAGUGAUAACAGUUACACCAAAUCUUUCCACGGUCCAAAACCAAGACCUAGCUACAGACGCAGCAGUACUGCAUCCCGGGGAUCUAGUACUUAUCUCUCACAAAAAUCAUCGACAAGUGUUGAUACUACUCUUGAUGGCUCUGUUUUUGAUGCUUCAUUGGCGAUCAAACCCCAAAGCACUGCUAAUUUGAGUCCUCGUAAAUCUAUUGUUUCUGGAACAACUUACAAUGAAUCAAUCCUUUCGGAAAACACUAGCUAUGUUGAUUCUUCAAUCGAAAAUUAUUUUGCACCACCACGUCGUCGCGACGAAGAAAGUACUGCAUCAGAAAUUGAUGAAGAAGAAGAUGAAGAAGGUGUUGAUGAAAUUAAUACAGAAAUUAUAGCAAAAAUUACCGAUACUGGAGUCGAUUUUGACUCAUCAAUAAAACCUAGUGAUGUUGACUACGAGCUCAAAAUCAGUUCACAAGAUGAAGAUGAAGAGAUGCCCGAUGAACCCAUGGAAAUUCAGUUUGAAGAUGAUGAAGCUAUCAACACGUCUGUCCCACAAUCUCAAGAAAAUGAAAGUAGCGGGAUAGAUGCUUCUGGUCCAUCACCCGCAAAAAUGAUGAAAGUUGUGACUUCAUCUCCAGAAUCUUUCAAACAGUCUCAAAAAAAUCAAUAUGACACUGAGAAAGAAUUGCCUCGCAAGUCUGAAGAAUCUUUUCAAAGUAUCAAAGAAUUUGACUAUCAAUUUUCAAAUCCAACUUCAGUUAUACGUACAGAUAAAAUCAGAAAAUCUAUGGGUAAUCAAUCAAAUAUUUCUACUGAUGGUGAAAUUGAAAAUUAUACUCUAACAAAGCCAAUAUUUUUGAAUGAAUGUGGUAUUGUAAAGUGUAAUGAACAAUUAACAGAUGAUGAAUCCAACGAUGACGACGUUGAUGAAGUAAAUAUAAAAGUCAACCGAAAUGAUGACGAUGGAGAAGAAUCUGAACUAACUUUAAACUUGUCAAGUUCAGAUGGAUCUGGUACUGAAAAAAAGAGAUUGAAUUACAUUCUUAAUCAGCGAAAUGACGAGGAAGAAAGUGGCUUGGGAAAAGAGACUUCAUCUUUAGUUGAGAGACUAGCAAAAUCUAAAGAUUCUGAACAUCCAGCAGAGCCUAUCGCCGAUGAGAGCAAAAAGGUAACUUUGUCGCGACAUUCCUCUGUAUCUUCUUUAUCAAGUAAAAGUGAGGAUAUUGCUGAUGAAGGCACACCACUUAGAAGAAGCGCACGGCGUCAUGCAUCUACUAGAAGUCAAGAAUCGACUCCGACUAAGUCAAAAAUAUCUAAUAACCCAACUACUGCAAAAAUGCUGUCUGAAGUUACAAACAUUAGUCCUAAAAAGCAAAUCAUUACAGAUCUCACAGAAAAAUUAACAUCACCCGUGAAAAUCGUAAGUAAAGCACAACAAUCAAUUGAAGUAAAUGAAUCGCCUUCUUCAACAGAAGAAGUUGAUGUUUCUUUGCCCGUGGAAAAAAUUACUCAGAAACGAGCAACGAGAGCAUCGUCACGAAAACCUCAAGAGUCACCUAAAAUUGAAAAGGCAAAGAAACCUACAAGAAAAACUAGAGCAACAUCAGUUGUUGAGGGAGGAAAUGAUGAAAUUACAAAAGAGAAAAUUGUUGUACAAGACGAUACAACUAUAAUUGAUAAAAAUCAAGGAUUGAAAUUAGAAACUUCAGUAGCUCCAAAAAAGAAAUCGAGUAGAUUACCCAAAACAAAGAAAGAAGAACAAAAAUCUGAUGAAAGUACUUUAAUUGAAGAUAAAGUAGAAACGAAAAAGAGUAGAACAAGAGCGACAAAACUUACUAAGGAUACAAGUAGUGAUAAAAAAGAGGAAAAACUAGAAGAAAGUGAUGACGAAGAACAUGAAGAUGUAUUGCCGAAAACUCGUUCAACACGCGCUUCUCACGAUAAAGAUGCAGCAGCCAAACCAUCUAGUAGGAAAGGAAGAACAGGUUCAGUGGCCAAAGAAAUUGUAGAAGAUGUGCAACCAACGAGGCGGACGCGUGCCACUUCAGUUGUUAAGGAUGAAAUUAGUGAACAACAGUCUAAUGUAAUCACGAAAAAACGAACUCGUGCGGCUAGCAUUGCUAAAGAAGUUUCAGAAGAUAAAAGUAAAAUUAAAAAAUCAACUCGAGCAACAUCUUUGAAUAAAGAAAUUAGCCAAAUAAAUGAAACUCAAAAAAAUACAAGAACGAGAGGACAAUCACUCCCUAAAGAUAUAGUUCAACCUCAAGAAAUACUAAAAUUAACAUCGCGAAAUCGACGGUCAACGAGUCUUUUAAAAGAAGUGAUUUUAGAAGAAUCUAUUUCUCAACUUAAUUCACCAGUCAGCAAUAAACGUAACCGCAUUGCACGUCUACCCAUUGAAGAAACUACUUCAGUCACAUCAUCUCCUGCAGGAAAUACACGUAGUCGUCGUUCAUCGAUACAAUCUGUAACUGAAGAUGUUGACGAAAAUUUAGCAAAAUCAACGAAAACUAAUGAGUCUAAAGAAGAACCACGUUUACGUCGUGCUGUAAGUGUAGAUUCGAGCAUUGUUGUGCCAACGGGAAAAAGAUUGACCAGAGGGGCCCUGGCAAAAACAUCAAUUAUUGAAGAUGUUAUACCAGAAGAAACUGAAUUAGGCAAAAAAGUAGUGCCUUCUAGAAAGAAACGUGCUGCUUCUGUAUCAACUGACAAAGUUACUGACGAGAUAGGAAAAGCUAAAAUAAUUAAAAAACAAACAGAAGUGCGUAAAACUAAACGAGGAAGAAAAAACAGCGAAAGUAAAGAUUUUGAAUUCUCACUACCUGAACAUACUGAUGGAUUAACGAAUGAUUCUGACAAUGAGUGUCGUACUCCUAAAUUCAAAUUUUCAGAACCUGCUGGGUUUCAGAAAUUUCUUUCGCCGAUUCGCGAUGAAGAGGACGAGUCAUCCGAAGAAGUGACAGAAAAUAGUGCAUUAUUGGAACGCGACGCUAAAUCAGAAACUGCACGUACGACAAGAGCAAAGGGGCGAAUAACACGCGCUCAAAAAACCAAAGGACACAGCCAGUAACAGCAAAAUCUUGUUUGAGUAAAAGUUGACUCGGAAGCGCGUUAAAUUAUGCGGCGUUUUUUGAUAAAAUAUUAUGUAGUAUAUUAAUUCUGUGAGAAAAAUUGUUCAUUGUUUUCGAUUGCAUAUUUUUUAUUCCUCUAAUCUUUAUUAGACUACUCUUUGUUGUUAAUAAAAUAAUGAAAGUGAACGUAGCCUUUUAGCACAAACAAACUUUUCAAAAAGUGUAUAAUAAUGUUGUAAAUAAUUUAUUGAUGCAUCAUGUCCAUUCAAUAAAAAAGGUAAAAGGGUAAAAGUCUAUCAUAACUUACUCUUAAAUAUUGGAUUAAUCCAGGUCCUUGCAAUUUUUGUUAAUUAAAUUAAAUUGAAAGGUUUAUAAAAUGCAAAAUAAGUGGAAACUUACUUAGUAUACAUUAUCGGAAUGUAAUGAUCUUUAUUUAAAUUUGUUUAUUAUAUAAAUAUACAAAUAUUAAACUUAGAACAUUUGCAUUUUAAAUACAUACUGAUAAUUAAUACUAAUCACUUUUCUAGUAAUCCACAUCCUGGAACGUAAUAUUAAUAAGUUGAAGUGUUCUCUGCGUGUACUUCGAAUUUUUUUAAUAUUAAUUUAGUAGAAAUCAAAUUUGGGAACAAUCCCUGCCUUUCAUUUGGAUAGAUAAGAUAAUAUUUUAAUCGAGUAUAUUUUAGGCAUUUUCAAAUGAUGUAUAAUUGAAAUUCAUCAAGUUAACAUUUGCAAACUAAAAUCAUUGUUGAAAGAGGAAGUAAUAUUUUUACAAUAAAAUGUUUAUUUUUAUUUAUAAAAAUCAAGGCACGUUGGUGAUAUUUCGUGCUUUGUUUGUAAAAGGCACUGCUUUAGUUUUUCAAUAGCAAGUUUUUUCCAAUCAUCCAAUGGCUAUAAACGGAAAUGCUCACUAUCAUAAUAUACUCGGUAAAAAUACAAUUUAGAUUUAAGGUCGGUGUAUACAUUGUAAAAUUGUAAGUACUUAUAACUAGAAUACAACAUGUAAAGAGAUUAAA